AUGCCCUCGGACCGUCAGCCAGCCGUCCACAAAGUCAGUCGCGGCGGCGCAGGCAACUUCUAUCCCGUGGACAAGGCAGACGAGACAGCAGCCGAAAAGGAUAUUCGGCGACAAGACCCCGUCGUCACUGCUGCCGCCGCGUGUCGCGCGCAGUCGCCGCCCAAUGUCCGCACCGGUCGCGGAGGAGCAGGCAACUUUGUCGACCAGUCCCAGCGUCCCGACGCCGCGGAGGAGGAGCGCCUGUCGAGACAGGUCGCCGCGGCUGUGAGUUCGGGUCUCGGCAGGAAUCCCCAGCGGAUGAUGGGUGGUCGCGGCGGGGCGGGCAACUGGACGGGUGAGAAGCAGCAGGCGUCUGCAGAGCAGAGCCAAGGAGAGGAGAGCAAGACGGAGCAGUUGGAGCGGAGAGUCCUCGAGGCCGUGGAGAAGGGGCUGACGGUUCCGGGCAGAGUCCAUCAUGCGAGGGAUAAAGACGUCAACAGGUAG